AUUAACUUGCAAGUUACAUUUUGUUUGGGUUUUCGUUCUUUUAUUUACCGACUGCUAAUGUUUAUUAAAUUUACCUUUAUUUUGUAUUGUAGGAUAAAGUAAAUUGCUAUUGUGCUAAGAAGAGGUGAAUUUCACAUUUGUUAACUGAGUUUAUUUGUCAAUAUGAAUCAUAACCAGAUGAAUAUGCACGUACCUAUGAACCCCGUUGGUGCUGCACCUAAUGUUGGCAUGCAAAUGCAAGUUCCUGGUCAGAUUAUGCAGCAACAGUCUCCUCAGCAAAUGCCCCCAGCAAUACCUCAACAGACCCCACAAGAUAAAAUGGAUAAUAUAUCAAAAGUCAAGACUCUUAUGGGCUCUUUGCGGGAAUCCAUACCCAUGACAUUAAAGUCAGCAGCUCAAAUACUUCAUCAAAAUCACAACAUUGAUUCAAAUUCUCAAAAGAGCAUAGAAAACCCUGUCCCUAGAUUUGAUAAGAAUUUAGAAGAUUUCUUCUCACUCUGUGAUCAAAUGGAGCUUCAUUUACGAACAGCCAUAACUUGUAUCCAGCAGGCGCAAUCUGCAGCUCACUACCUGCCUCUCAACGUGAUACCAUCCAGACUAGAUACUGGACCGGUGACUCAAGAAACUCCGCUCAGCUAUCCGCAAUACCUGAACACGGUGGGACUCCAAAUAGCGUACGCGAAAGACAUCCACGACACACUAGUAGCUGCCGCACAAAACAUCUCACCCACCGAAUGACCAAUCUACGAUACAGUGAGGUAUUGAUUUAUUAAAGGACUUGUUUAUCAAUAGACGCAUAAAAAUAUCCUCUCAUCUCACUCAUAAUAUGUACCCAAUAGGGCCUAUUACAAAAGUAGUGCAGUAGCUUAUAGUAACUGAAAAGUCGCCAUUGUUUUGUUUUCAGCCCUAUCGAAAUUUAUCUGAUAUAUUUAAUGCCUAUUGAAAAAUUGGUUCUUGAUGAAAUAAAGCUUUACUUUUUAAUAAUUUAGUUGCUGAUUCCAUAAUCCGCAUUUAGGAUUAUCAGUUAAAGUUAGUUUUAAUGAAUGGAUUUCAUUUAGCCAAACUAUUUUGUCAAUACAUAUUCAUCUCGUAAACGCUGGAAAAAUUGUUUACUAGGAAGUUGUUUUAAUUUUGGCUAAAUACAAGUUAUGUAGAUGGGCAAAGUUUCUACUUAUUAUUAGGUUCAAUUAACUUAAAAGUAAUAUUACGUAAAUGAUUAACUUAUAGGCUAGUUAAGGUUAAAAAUUAAACUUUAUUAGUUAUCGAAUAAAGUCUAUUUGCAAUAAUUGUGUGUUAUCCUUUCCAAAGUGCAUAAACUGGUUUCUUCUUGUCCAAUAGCGCCUGAACUUGUUAACCUAUGAUAAAACUAGUGAAAAUGAUAGACAUAAUUGAUUUAAUAUAAUAGUUGCUAGGAAGGAAGCUAUUUUGCAUCUCGUCACGUAGUACCUAGUCAUAAUCAAAAUAAUUGCAUCGUACUGUAAACAAAUCACUAGAUUGACAGGUUCUAGAAUUUGUUAAGUUUAAUUUUUUAUUAUGAUUUUGUUUUCUUUUUUCUGAGCUUUAAACUGGGCCGGAUAAGGAAAGUUAGCAAAGCUUCAGCUUCCAUGGCUACUCCCCCGUGGCAAUCUCACGAAGCGAAUAAGUUUAUAUAGGGUGUUUUUUU